AUGACAAGCAACCCAGGGAACAGUAAAGUUCCUAGCAGACAAACAGACAGAACUCUCAGAUACGAAAGAAGAACACCCCGAAUCCAAACAAUUCCAAAUCAAGAAGCCCCACUCACUCAGCAAACAAGAGGAUAUACCCAAACAGAAGCGCACCAGAACUCCCUUCCCAAACAGAGCUGGGACGAACAGAUAGCAAAUGAACAGGACGGCCAGAAAAACCUGGAAACAAACAAAGGCCACACCAACCCUCAAGAACAGGGAAAAACCCUGAAAACAAAGAAUAGAGCCAUCAGAAUAGACGACACAGACAUAGAAAUGAACAACGAAAGUGAAACAGAACAAGACCAACCAUG